AUGGGCCCUUCUGUUUCGCUCUCUGUCUCUCCAGACCUGAAGCGCUGGCUAACCACCCGCCGUGCCUCGCAGCUCGACAAACUCGUCGGCCUCGCCAUGCUUGUGGCCGCCUCCGUCGUCUUCCUCUACUACAGCAUCUGGACGCUGGCCAUGCCUUUUGUCGAUGCCGACCACCCUCUGCACAGCAUCUUCCCGCCGCGCGUCUGGGCCAUCCGCAUACCCGUCAUCCUGAUCCUGCUGGGCUCGGCCGUCGUCGGCUCCUUCCUCAGCGUCGUCAUGAUCCGCAGCAACCGCAAGAAGGCGGCCAAGGCCAAGGCCGCCGCCGCGAAGAAGAAGGCCUAA